AUGACUGAAACGGUCAUGUCGACCCAGAUUGUCCAACUUCCUCCGACUUCAUCACCGACAACUCCGACUGCUGAGUCUGAGAAUCCUUCAUUUCCGAUGAAAAUAAUCGUCUCAGAGACCCGUUUCGAAACACUCUCGUUUUCAAUCGUGUAUGAUGACGACUCUACAGCGCUGGCCUCGCCAUCCAGCUCAGCAGAUGAUUCUACUACCACAGAAACCAUCACUAGAACGCACAUCGACGAAAAAGACUGCUCGACUACUUCCCCCAGUGAAACGAUAUACGAGAAGACAAUCGUUUCCUACAUACCUACCACUGUGCCCGAGACAGUUCCCACGACAGUCACCUCCUACAUCGAAAAGGAGAUCACAGAAACAGUCUCAGAUCUUGUGACAGCGACAGUAACGGACACCGUUCGCGCGACCCUUACGCUACCACCCAUUAAUAUCAUGGAGCGAAUCACGCAGACGGAGGAGGUAUCCACGACGGAGACUGCUGUUGAGAGGGAGACUGCUACGGUUACAGAAACAGAGACUCUUGCAGGAAAUGCGAGUAUUAUUUCGGAAAUCGUUACUGUUUCUGAAGAAGUGACUGAUACAGCCACUCUCUCCGCCUUUCCAAUUACCGAAAACAGCAAUCCUGAAAGCACGAUGGCCGCCAUCCCGGCAGAAGAGAAGACAACAGCCACCCCCACCCUCUCCAGCCUAACCCUCUGCCCCAGCCUCAUCGCCAACCCGACAUACACGCCCGCCGCUCCUCUUCCGAAGAACUACACCUGGGGCUGUCCACCAGGACACCUCUGCCAUCCACCAAAGCCGGCAGACUGCAACUUCGAGGCCGGCCCGCCGGCAGAUUCCUACUACUGCAGUCCGGACGAGUGCAUCCCCAGUCCGGAGCCGCUGUUCCCAGCACAGUUCUGGGGCCAGCCCGUUGUGUCGGACCAGAUUGGCAGAUUCGUCGUCUCGCCGGGGUAUUUCAAUCUCGAUCCCGCGGAGUUUGGUCUGAGUGAUGAUAUUUUCGUGUUUAACCUGCAGAAACGCGAUUAUCCUCAACUUCUUCGACACAGACAACGACCACGCUCCCCUCCGUCAACAAUCCCCGGCGUCUGCUACGAUGAGUGCAACAACGUCCUCAUCGAGGCCGAGUGGUCGGGCAAAACGCCCGCUCUGUGCCAGAAGGGUUCUGCUUUCACUACCUACCUGGCUGAUUGCCGUGAGUGUAUUGAGGCGCAUGGCAGCAGCAGCAGCAGUAGCAGCGGGGAAACGCUCGGCGAUCAUGUCCCUGAAUUCCAGCAGUUUCUUUCGUAUUGCGACUCGUUGGAUGAGGAGUAUUUAUCCUCGCAGACGAGCGGAUCGUCUAGCGGUGCUGAGGCUCAGAUGGACAACUCUGCUCCUCCUAGCGCUGCGACCAUCACUGAUAGUGCAAGUGCAAGCGCAAGUGCGAGUGCAGACUCGAACAGUCCAAGCGGGGAGAUAAUCUCUUCAGCAUCAGCUCCAGCACCAGCUUCAAUGACAAGCACAGUAACUUCGACAGCUGCAAGCGGAUCAUCAUCACCUUCAACACAAACAGAAACAUCAACACCAACCCAAGACCCCAUCCCCACCCUCACAGCCACAGUCCCAGACCAAUACCCAGAGCCGAUAGCUCCAACAGAGACAUAUACUGCUUUUGGCUCAUCCCAAUCGCAUCGACCCCAGUCUGAGCAAACGAGCGGGAGCAGCAGUCGAAGCAGACAUAACCCUGUCUCAUCACUUCAAAUAUACCUGUUAUACCUGUUUGGUACAUGGACAUUGACAUGGGCCUGUAUUUCAUUGGUUUGGUGUAUCGUUCUUGUUGUUGUAUUGGGUUAG